AGGGUGAGUUGCUGGCCAUGGUGCAUUGGAUACAGCAAAGUCACUCGCUUUCUACCAAGUGUUGAUGCUCUCCAUGGUCAUCGAAUACUAGUUGCAUUAGUUCUUGGCAUCAUUGUCAUCCACUUUUGGAUGGGGCCGCUGGUGCUACCUGCUUCUUUUAAAGAAGAAGACUUCUUUUCUAAGGCAGCAUCAUCAAUAUAUGCCACCUAAUUCCUGGGUGAUGUUUCUCUAUUAAUGCUUGUGUAUCCUCCUCCCCUUCCCGAGCCCAGCUUCCGACAGCAGCCACAACAAGAAUCGGAAGAGGCGACAGCGAUGGAAGACGAGUGGGGUGCGGAGAGGGCGGCGGAGAUCGACUACGUGUUCAAGGUAGUGGUGAUCGGCGACUCGGCCGUCGGGAAGACGCAGUUGCUGUCGAGGUUCACCAAGGACGAGUUCUGCUUCGACUCCAAGUCCACCAUCGGCAUCGAGUUCCAGACUCGAACCAUCGUGCUCAACCGCAAGCGCAUCAAGGCCCAAAUCUGGGACACUGCCGGCCAGGAGAGGUACCGAGCGGUCACGAGUGCUUACUACAGAGGAGCUCUCGGUGCCAUGCUGGUGUACGACAUCACCAAAAGGCCGACGUUCGAUCACGUGGCGAGGUGGGUGGAGGAACUGCGAGCGAACGCGGACAAGGCCAUCGUCAUCAUGUUGAUCGGGAACAAGUCCGACCUCGCUGAAAAAAGGGCGGUGUCCACCGAGGACGCCGUGGAGUUUGCGGAGGAACAAGGGCUGUUCUUCUCGGAGGCGUCUGCACUCAGUGGCGACAACGUGGAGAGCGCGUUCUUGAGGCUGAUAGAGGAAAUCCAUGGAGUGGUGUCAAGGAAGGACUUGGAGAGCGACGAAGGCAGCAGAGACGGUGGGAACGAUCUGCUGAGACUGAAGGGGAACAAGGUGUCGGUUCUUUCUGAGGUCUCAAUGAUGGAAACCAGUGCCCUGAGAAAAGGAACUCGGUGUGCUUGUUCCUGACAUGGCCAGGACGCAGAAAUCAUAGCGCCCAUGAAGAGGUUUGAGAGGGAAAGGAAUGAAUGGUUGAUUGUGCUUUUCUCAACUGUUAGUCAAGUUUUCUGCAUAUCGAUAGUUUCAUUUUUCGCUUUA